AUGAAAGUUGUUUCUAAAGGAGGCUUAAGGAUGACAGGCACCAAGUGGAAUCAAAAAUAUGAUAUGACGAUUAUAGAAAUAUUUCAUCUUGCCUCAUUUGGAAACCCAGGUGUAGCAGGUUUUGGUGUUUGUGCCAGAAAUAACAACUAUGAAGUCUUGGGAACUCUAUCAGGUGGAAUUGGUGUUGCUACAAAUUACUUGGAAGAGAUUUAUGCAGUGGUAUGUGCAGUUGAACUUGCAGUCCUGUGGCAGAUUAAAAAGGUUAUCAUUGUGUCAGAUUCAAAAACAAGAAUCAAUGACGUUUCUAAAAGAGAAAUGCCUUGGUUUAUCAGAGCAAGAUGGGAAAUAGCCAUUCAACAUAUUACAGACAUUCAAUUCAAGCACUGUUUCAGAAAAGUGAACUUCUCAGCUGACAGCAUUGCUAAAAUAGGGGGCGGUUCUGAAGGUAGGUGA